CUAAAACUCUAUCCGUGGAGGCAAAGAAGAUUCUGAUAAUCACGUUCUGAACCCUGAACUUCCCUAAACUCUCUUUUUAUAAGAACAAAUCCAUCUUUCAAAUCCCACGUUACUGCAACUGAUCUCCUCUAUCUCGUCGCUUUCCCCCUCUCCGGUGCAGCUCUCGACGCCGGAGAUGGCUGCCCCAAACAUCAAAUCAAUUGCCGCAUCUCUGAGAAACUGUUCCCUUAAGAACAGAAGAGGAGCAGCGCCGCCGCAUCAGCCGGCGGUGGUGGCGGUGGCGGAUAACGAAGAGGUUACUGUGGAGCUGAACUCUGAUACAGCUUUUUCCAAUAACUGGAAACAAUGCCUUGACAUGAGGACUGGGAAGCUGUUCUAUGUAAACUGGGAGAGCGGCGAGAGGAGAACAGAGACCCCUUCCAUUGCAGCCUCCGGUCUUCAGGAGGGCUAUUACUCAUCCGAAGACUGUAAUUCCGAUGAUGCAAGAGAUAUCGAAGAUGAAGAAGACAAUGACGGCGAUGUUGAAGACUGCGCCUCGUUUUUCGCUGGAGGAACAGAUUUUGAGGAUUUUUCAAGUGCCAACAGCAGAAACUCUGACAGUUCAUCCUUUCAACCCGCCGAUUCAGAUGCCGGCGGUGAGAAUGGUGGCGCUGGUGGCCUAAUACUCGUCGUCGCCGGCUGCAAGUCUUGCUUCAUGUAUUUCAUGGUUCCGAAGAGAGCCGAGGAAUGCCCUAAGUGCGGCGGCUGUCUAAUCCACCUCGGCUAAUGACCGGCGGCCCUGGUUCUUCGAUCGAACGAUGAGGAAAAAAAAACCUAACUUUUUCCGAUCAAGCUCGCAUCUUUUUUUCCUUUUUCUUUUUCUUCGUCAACCGAUGUCGAUUACAGAGCAAAAGGCAAAAAGAAAAGAUUUUGAUUUUGUGAUUGAUUCUCGACAAACGGCGUGGUUGUUGAUAAUUCUUAAGAAAUUUGAAUCAUUUACUUGAUCGGUAAAUUCAUGUUUUAUUUGCUGGCUUUCCUUUCGUCGCGACGUGAAGAGCAGCAUUCGAGGUCUGCACCUAAGAUUCUUAUUCGUUUCCUCUCUUGCCAUCUGGGGUUUCUGAGCAGCCCGCUAAGCUUUCUGCCUUUAUUCUGUGAUGCAUUGGCUUAGCACGGAUUUGAGACUACUUCAAAAUCUGCCAAGUUCUUUAGCAAAACGCAUAUCUACGGACGACAAGUGUCCAUUUCUAACGUGCAAGCUUCGAA